AUGGCUAAAUUCUUCAAGAAACACUCCCUGAAAGUUAGCGACAAGGAGAGGACCCAAGCCGCGCAGCUGACACUAAGAGAAUCAAUAUAUCCGUUGUUUCUCGUUACGAUCUUAUUUUUUCUCUGGGCAUGUCUCGGAUUCUCGUACGGGCUUCUCGAUACAUUAAACAAACAUUUUCAGAACACGCUUCAUAUUACAAGAGCUAGAUCAUCAGGUCUUCAAGCUGCUUAUUUUGGUGCAUAUCCCCUCGCAUCCCUAGGACACGCGAACUGGAUUCUCCGCCACUAUGGCUAUAAGCCGGUAUUCAUCUGGGGACUCUGUCUCUACGGAAUUGGGGCUCUCGUUGCCUGGCCUUGUAUUCUACAUCGGUCGUUCGGGGGGUUUUGUGCCGCGAUUUUUAUCAUCGGAAACGGUUUGGGCUCGUUAGAAACGGCCGCGAAUCCCUACAUCACUGUUUGUGGUCCACCGAGAUAUGCGGAGAUGCGAAUCAAUCUCUCACAAGCAUUCAACGGAAUCGGAACGGUCGUAGCGCCCGUUCUUGGCUCUUAUGUCUUCUUCACCAAGACUGCUGAUGACCCUGCAGCAUUGAAGAAUGUCCAAUGGGUGUAUCUCGCCAUUGCUAUCUUUGUAUUCUUGCUCGCUGGUCUUUUCUAUUUCUCUCCUAUUCCAGAAGUUACGGAUGCGGACAUGGCCUUCCAAGCUGAAGAAACCCACGCAAAUGCUGACAACAAGCCAUUCUAUAAACAAUACCGCCUCUUUCACGCCGCCUUUGCUCAAUUCUGCUACACGGGUGCGCAGAUAGCGAUUGCAUCCUAUUUCAUCAACUACGUGACCGAGACGAGACCCAACACCGACUCGGCACUGGGUGCCAAACUCCUCGCUGGAGCACAAGGUGCUUUUGCUGCGGGUCGCUUCCUUGGCGUUGCUCUCAUGAAAUACAUCCGACCACGCUGGGUCUUCUUGUUCUACCUAACUAUGUGCAUUAUAUUCAUUGCACCGAGUAUCACGCAACGGGACAACACCGGCAUGGCAAUGCUGUAUAUCACGCUCUUCUUUGAGAGUAUCUGCUUUCCCACCAUCGUCGCGCUCGGUAUGCGAGGCCUAGGAAAAUACACGAAGCGUGGUUCUGGAUUCAUAGUUGGAGGAGUAUCUGGAGGAGCAUGUGUUCCUCCGUUGCUUGGUGCAGCAGCCGACCUCAACAACUCUACAGCGACCGCUAUGAGCGUGCCACUUGCUUUCUUCGUCGCAGCUUGGAGUUAUGCCAUCUGCGUUAACUUCGUGCCGGCGUAUAGAGACCCAGCCGAUAAGUUCGCCACUGCUGAGAUUGGACUGGAGAAUAGGAACGUUGACGAGGAAAGCAGUGGGAAAGGAGAAGGUGUUUUUGAAAAAGGAGAGGUGGAGACUAGUGAGAAUACUACCUCCUCUGAGAUCAAGGAUACCAAGGUUUAG